AUGACCUUUGCAGGUGCCGGCAGCGGCGCAAGCGUGGGAGAUGUGGGCAUCGGGCUGGACUCAGCGGUGGCAGCGCAAGUUCAGAUGCUACUGUCCAGAUCAAGCACCAGCAACUGUGAAGUGGGCGACAACUUUUUCACUCCCUCUCUCCAGGCUUGCCAGCUGGACCUGACCCGCGUCAUAUGCGGUGCCAAGAACGUCCUCGCUGACGGCAUCAGCUGGGACAGAUAUGCCGACUGGCUCCUCAUGAACCCAGCAAGGUUUCCAUGGACCAACGCUGAGGUUGCGGCAGUUGUAAACACCGUGGUGUAG